UCGUAAACUCUAAUCAGCCCAAACAACACUUAUCGUUCUAUUCCCCUCUCAUACACAUCGAUUUCAUUUUAUCACUUCAAUCAACCCGAAAAAUCGCAAAGCGAUGUCGACGAUUCGUAGAUUCUGCUGCAACGAUCUUCUCCGUUUCGCAUCCGUCAAUCUCGAUCACCUCACCGAAACCUUUAAUAUGUCGUUCUACAUGACUUACUUAGCUCGCUGGCCUGAUUAUUUCCAUGUGGCCGAGUCUCCAGGGAAUCAAGUGAUGGGAUACAUCAUGGGUAAAGUUGAAGGAGAAGGAGAGUCUUGGCAUGGUCAUGUCACCGCAGUGACCGUAGCUCCAGAGUACCGCAGACAACAGUUAGCCAAGAAAUUGAUGAACCUGCUGGAGGACAUCAGCGACAAGAUUGACAAGGCAUACUUUGUAGAUCUCUUUGUUAGAGCAUCAAAUAUACCGGCCAUAAAGAUGUACGAAAAGCUUGAAUAUGUAAUCUAUAGGCGUGUGCUGCGCUACUAUUCUGGCGAGGAAGAUGCGCUGGACAUGAGAAAAGCAUUAUCUCGGGAUGUGGAGAAGAAGUCUGUUGUCCCCCUCAAAAGGCCAGUUACACCAGAUGAAUUGGAGUAUGAUUAGGUUUGUUUACAUUUGAACUUCAAUCAAUGCACUUGGUGGAAAUUUCCAUGGUGGUGUCGAUUGUUCUAUUCAAAUGUAGAACUUAAUGUUUGUAGAAAGAGGGAUGAACUUGUAUGCUGGAUUUUAUUCUCUUUAGAAAAUUGUUCAAACAUCUAUUAAAUUGAAACUUGAGGCUAGUUGCACUAUCAUUGUUUUGUUACAUAAGUGCAAUUUUUCCUAACAUCCAAGACUUUCAGUGA